UUGUAGUACUAUUUAAUAACUCCAUCAAAUAACUACUCAUACAAUAUCUCUUAACUUCUCUCUUUCUGUGAUCUUUCUCUCUCGUCAAUCUUCCAAAGAAGCAAAAAAUAAUGAGGAAAAAAGUAAGUAGUACUGGUGAAGAAGGAAACAAUGAGUACAAGAAAGGUUUGUGGACUGUAGAAGAAGACAAGAUCCUCAUGGAUUAUGUCAAAUCUCAUGGCAAAGGCCAUUGGAAUCGUAUUGCAAAAAAGACUGGUUUAAAGAGAUGUGGAAAGAGUUGUCGAUUGAGGUGGAUGAAUUAUCUCAGCCCAAAUGUUAAAAGAGGCAAUUUCACCGAGCAAGAAGAAGAUCUUAUCAUUAGGCUCCACAAGUUGCUUGGUAAUAGGUGGUCCUUGAUUGCUAAAAGAGUGCCGGGUCGGACGGAUAACCAAGUGAAGAAUUAUUGGAACACGCAUCUGAGUAAGAAACUUGGAAACAAAGAUCCAAAAACCAAGCCGAGCAAUGGUGAUAUUGUCCAUCAGAUCAGUCACACAAAUCCUGAAACAUUAGAAGAAACCAACAUCUCAAAUAUUAAUGAUAACAGUGAGAUUCAAGAAGAUCGUCAAGGAAGUAACUAUUUGAGUUCACAUUGGAUACAUGAUGAUGAGUUCGAGCUAAGUUCACUCACCAACAUGAUGGAUUUUAUAGACGGACACUGCUUUUGAUGUUUUUAUUUUAGUAUUUGGUUUCA